GCUCCCGUCCCGGCCCUUUCUGGGCCGCCUCCAACUUCCCGGCCGGGGCGCGGCGGCGGCGGCAGCGCGGGGCUGCGGGCGGGCGGCGGCCGCUCUGCGCUCCGCUCUGCUCCGCUCCCGCUCCCGGUCCCGGUCCCGGUUCCGGUCCCGGCCCCUCCGGAUGGCGGCGGGGGCAGCGCGGGGCCGGGCGGCGGCGGCGGGGCCCCCCCGGCGCUCAGAGCCGCGGCCCGGCCCGGAGCGGGGAGCGGGCGGGCGGCGCGGCCCGGCCCGGCGGUAGCGGAGCGCGGACCGGCGGGAUGUUGUCCCCCCACCCCACCAUGGCCGACCCCAGCCACAUCCAGUCGGCCGCCUCCAAGAGCAUCCGUCCCUUCCGCUCCAGCGAGGAGUACCUGGAGGCCAUGAAGGAGGACCUGGCCGAGUGGUUCAACACCCUCUACGACCUGGACAUCCAGGUGGACACCUUCCUGGAGAGCCUGGAGACGGGCUGUCACCUCUGCCGCCACGCCAACAACGUCAACCGCACCGCCCUGGACUUCCAGCAGCGGCACCCCGAGGCGGCCGCCCGCAUGCGCGUCCCCCAGAACGAGGUCGUCUUCCAAGCCAAGAACGUGGCGCCCGGUUCUUUCGUCGCCCGGGAUAAUGUCUCCAACUUCAUCCAGUGGUGCCGGCAGGACCUCGGCAUCCAGGACGUCCUCAUGUUCGAGACCAACGACUUGGUGCUGAAGAAGAACGAGAAGAACUUUGUCCUCUGCUUGUUGGAGGUGGCCAGGAGGGGCUCCAAGUUUGGCAUGCUGGCCCCCAUGCUGAUCCAGAUGGAGGAGGAGAUCGAGGAGGAGAUGAGGGACCAAAUGGCCUUCGGCGUGCUGGGCACACGCCAGGAGAUCCGGGACCACCAGGCAUCACCCUACCCUGGCCGGGCCCGGCCCAUCGCCCUCUGCGACCUGAAGAACCUGGACGAGCUGGUGCGGGAGAUCCUGGGCUGCUGCUCCUGCCCCUCCCAGUUCCCCAUGGUCAAGGUCUCCGAGGGCAAAUACAAAGUGGGCGACUCCAGCACCCUCAUCUUCGUCCGGGUGCUGAGGAGCCACGUGAUGGUGCGUGUUGGUGGCGGCUGGGACACACUGGAACAUUAUCUGGACAAGCACGACCCGUGUCGCUGCUCCUCCCUCGCUCACCGCCUGCCCCAGCCUCGCACCCCCGGCUUCUCCCCCCAAAAACCAGCCUCCCGCAGCUUCUCCCCCAGCCCCAGCACCCCCCGCCGGCUCCGCGCUGGGGACAACAGGACAGAGCGUGGUGGCCACCAACAGAAGGUCCUUGGGGACGUCCCGAAGCCACCGGCUGGUGCCAAGCACGAUGGGUUGCCCCCAAGGGGAGGGGGUCUGGGACCCUCGUCUGGAUCUGCCAGCCCUUCGAGGAGCCCCAUGGAGCCGCGGGUGGCCGGGGGGAGCAGGCCCCGGGACCCCGCCCGCUCCCGCCGCUGCUCCGGCGACAGCGACUCCUCCGCGUCCUCGGCGCAGAGCGCGCCCCCGGGCCCGCGGGACGGGGCCCCCCCCGCGCCGCCGAGACCCCUCCCGGGGCGCGCCCCCGCAGCCUCCCCGGGCGGUUCCGAGGAGCGCGGCCGUUCCCGGGUCCCCAACGGCCCCGGCCGAGCUGCCCCCCGGGCCCGCAGCCACGGCCCCCCCGGCGGCUCCCCGGGGCCGCAGCCGCUGCUGCUCAUCAACCGCCGGCGGGACGGGCAGCACUCGUGGGCGCGGGCAGAGCCCCCCCGGCCCGCCAGCCCGGCCCGCGGCCGCCCCCCGGCCCGGCCCGCCGCCCCCCGGCGCCGCUGCUCCCUGGGCGGGGGUCCCGGGGAGGAGCUGCAGCGGGAGCUGGAGGAGCUGGGCCGGCGGCUGCGGGCGCCGCUGGAGCCCGGGCAGGAGCAGCGGCUGUUCCGGCGGCUGGAGGAGGAGUUUUUGGCCAACACGCGGCUCAUGGCGGAGCUGGAGGUUGGGGAGACCCCCCCGCUGCUGCCCCCGGUACCCGCCGACUCGGCUUAUUGCUCGUCCAGCUCUUCGUCCUCCUCGCUCAGCGUGUUCGGCAAGCAGGGCCCCCCCGCCGACGACACCCGGCGGAGCGGCAACGGGGGCGGCCCCGCCCCGGGCGCGGUGACCCCCGGGCUGGGGGACACGGCGCUCCGGACUGUCCUCUCCAGCUCCUCCGACGAGAGCAGCUGCUUCCCGGCCCCCUGGAACACCCGGGGGGGCCCCGAGUCCGACACCGACUGGGCGGCGGGGGAGGAGGAGCUGGAGGAGCCGCCCCCCGCCCUGGCGGGCGCCCCCCUCGUGCCUUCCAUCCCCCCCAUGUCCCCGCGCCCCCGGGCCAAGCCCCGGCUGGACACACAGCCCCACAAGAAGCCGUCCAGGAUCCCCACCCCACGGGGCUAUGGGGCAACCCCCCCCCGAGCCCCUCCCGGCCACCCCCAGCCCUGGGGGGCUCUGCAAAGCGUCCUCUCCUGGGGGCCCCAUGAGCAUGGGGCGCUGGACGAGGACAACUGGCCGUGAGACACCCAGCUUCGUGGCCAUGGGUGACAGAAUGGGGAGAAGCCCUCAGGACCCCCCCAGGGACAUCAUGGAGCUGCUGCUGGUGAUGGCACCUGCACGGAGAGGCCCCGGCCAGGCCAUGGCCAUGGACCAAGGUGGCCGGGGAGUCAGGACCCGGUGACUGUUGGCAGGUGGUUGGGCUGUGCCAGGAGCCCCCAGCCCCAGGGGGGUGCAGAGCACCCAGCGUGCACCCCGGUCCCCAUGGAGAGCAGCUCCAUGGAUGGUGGCCAUGACAUGGUCAUGGUGAUGGUGGCUGGAGCAGAAAGUUGUGUCCCAACCGCUUGGGAAUAAGGCUGGAGAGCAACCAGCUCUUCUCAAUCUGUUCUUUUUGCCAUCUUCUCUUCUUGGCCUUCUCCUCCUCUUAAUGUCUUCAUGUCAUUUGCUCUUCAUCCUUCUCCUUCUCUUGAUAUCUUCAUGUCAUUUCCUCUUCAUCCUUCUCCUUCUCUUGAUAUCUUCAUGUCAUUUGCUCCUCUUCUCACCCUUCUCCUUUUUUUUGGCCUUCCAGGCAUCUUUUCAUGUGAUUGUCUCUUCCUGUCUUCCUUCACCACAUUCUUCUCUUCAUGGCUGCCUUCUCUUCAUAUCAUGUUCUCUUUUUAGCUGCCUUCUUCUUUCUCCUUCUCUCCUCUCCCUCUUCUCUCAUCUGAGAUGACUUGGGGACAUGCAGCUUGAUGUAACAACCUCUAUUUUGGGGCAGGGGGGGUCUCUUCUUCCUCGCCAGCACCCAACAGCCCUCACCGGUUGGGUUGUCCAUAGCAUGUUGAUGUCCCCAAGGUGGGACAGGGCUGUGCAUAGAGAUCCCUGCCCAGGCCACCGUGGCCCCCUCCCCUGUGUGCACCCCAAGCCAGUAAAGACCAACAGAGCUGAA